UGUACUAACUCGACACCCCCCCCCUUCCCCUUGUGCAGGGACAUGCCUGCUUUUUAGUUACUGGGCUGGCGUUAUGAGUACAUUUCGGUGUGGCUGCAUAUGUGUGUUUGCAGAGGGCUAGAACUUGCAUCAUCAGCACUUGCCCCAGCAUUUUCAGAGCGUUUCCCAUCUGAUCCUCUCGUAAUUGUGGUUAAUCAUCCUGGCGAAUGUGCAGAAAUCUGCAAUCAGCUGGAGCAUUUCAGGGGCUUUAAACCUGAGCCUCAGAGGAAGUGCCCGGAGGAGGGAAUCAAAGUUUGUGCACAGAUCUUCUCACUAUGACAUCUUUGGGCAAUAGACUUUAGGUUUGGCACAAUGAUUGGUCACACAGGGCCUUAGCAGCGUGGCAAAAUUUGGCUGUUCGCGUGCUCCCUCCCCCUCCCCACCCCAGUCCCUUUCACCUCUGGGAGAUCUGAGCUGGCUUCCCCUGCUUCCUUCCUUCCCCUUAUUUGCUGCAGAAGGGACAAGUCUACUAUGGCCGGAGACAAACUUCCACGCAAAGUAAUGGAUCCCAAGAAGCUUGCCUACCUUUUGAGGAGUGGGGCUGAAGGCACGUUGGUCAUUGACAGCCGCUCCUUUGUGGAGUACAACUCCUGGCAUGUUCUCAGCUCUGUCAAUAUCUGCUGCUCCAAGCUUGUCAAGAGGAGGCUUCAGCAAGACAAGGUAUCCAUCACAGAACUCAUCCAGCCAGCCUCCAAUAUGAAGGUGGAGGCAGAAGAGCACCAAGAUGUGGUGGUUUAUGAUCAGAGCACACGGGAUGCAAAUGGACUGGCAGCCGACAGUUUUCUCUCCAUUCUUCUAGGAAAAUUGGACAGCUGCUUCCACAAUGUUUCCAUCCUCACAGAUUUGUCAUCUUACAAAGAGGCACGGCCAGCACUGGGAGCAGCCAACUCUGUUAUUGAAGCCUCAUUACAUGAAGGGGGCUUUGCCACCUUUUCAUCUUGCUUCCCAGGACUCUGUGAAGGGAAACCCGCUGCCAUCCUGCCAAUGAGCAUCUCUCAGCCAUGUUUGCCAGUGGCCAAUGUUGGCCCAACACGCAUCCUGCCUCAUCUCUAUCUAGGCUCUCAAAAAGAUGUCUUAAACAAGGAUCUGAUGACCCAGAAUGGGAUAAGCUACGUCCUCAAUGCCAGCAACUCUUGUCCCAAGCCAGAUUUCAUCUGUGACAGCCACUUCAUGCGCAUUCCUGUCAAUGACAAUUACUGUGAGAAGCUCCUUCCCUGGCUGGACAAGUCCAUUGAGUUCAUUGAUAAGGCCAAGGUAUCCAGCUGCCAAGUGAUAGUCCACUGCUUGGCAGGGAUCUCCCGAUCGGCCACCAUUGCCAUUGCUUACAUCAUGAAAACCAUGGGCAUGUCUUCAGAUGAUGCCUACAGGUUUGUCAAAGACCGGCGCCCCUCCAUAUCGCCCAACUUCAACUUCCUGGGCCAGCUCCUAGAGUAUGAGAGAAGCUUGAAGCUGCUCAAGGCUUUGAAGGCCCAUGGGGAGAAGGGUGAGGGUGAAUCGCAGCAAGAGCAGUCUGAAGCCCCUGAAGGCACCAGGCACCAGGCACUGUCUACCUCAGAAAAAGCUGAGGAGGUAUUAAAAAGCACAACCUCGGAAACCUCCUCAGUUGACUCUGAGAGUCCAUCAGGAAUUCCCAAGGUUGUCUCACCUACAGCACUACAGCAAGGACUCAAUGGGCUGCACUUGUCUUCAGAGCGCGUCCAAGACACCAACCGGCUGAAGCGUUCCUUCUCCCUGGACAUCAAGUCAGCCUACACCCCUAGUCAGAGACAGGAGGUCCCAGGUCCUACAGAGGCAGGAGAAACUCCCAAGCUUUGUAAGCUGGACAGUCCUUCAGGCCCCAAUGGUACAUGCCAGUUCUCUCCAGUUCCAGACAGCCCCGACUGGCCCAGUGGGCCUGACUUCCUCCUAGAGGCCAAAGUACGACAGAGGCGGAAGCACAGGCACCAAGCAGGCUCCCCUGCCCAUGGGCUGAGCCUUAACUUCAGCGGGGUCUGCGCCAUGCAUAAAAGCGCCAGCAUGGAAGACAGUCUCAAGCAGACACUUCGGUUGAGCCUCCCCAGUGUGGGGCAGCAACUGGCACAGCCAGCCGCAACCCCAACCUCUGCUGGCACUUGGGGGAUGCACUUGGAAUCCCCCAGCACUCCUUCCUCCGAGAGCCCCUGGUACUUCAGCACAGACUCGGCGUCCAGCAACAAAGGCGGUGGGAGUGGGACUCUGUUUGCCAGCACCACCACCUACUCCUCAUUCAGCUGCAGCACAAUCCAGGCCAGCUGCGAGAUCAGACUGAGGGACAAGCAGCGCGGGGAGCAGCGGGAUGUGCGGCACAGCUGGCACGAGGACACCGCGGCGGAGAAGCAGUUCAAGAGAAGGAGCUGCCAGAUGGAGUUUGAGGAGACCUUGUCAGAGAGCAGGUCUCGGGAAGACCUGGGCAAAAUCAGCAAACAGUCUAGCUUUUCAGGCAGCAUGGAGAUCAUAGAGGUGUCCUGACGUCUGCAAUCCAGGAUCUGAGAGCAAGUGUGUGUGUGUGUGUGUGUGUGUGUGUGCAUCGGUCAGUGGGUGGGUAGGGGAAGACUGGCAAGAUAUUUAACUGGGGAGAAGGAGGGUGGGGUGGGAGUCUUAUUUAUACACCUGUGUGUGUUUCCAAAGGGUGCACAUGCAAAGACGAAGGCAAAGCUAAAUGAAUCCAAAGUCAAGAAACAUAAUGGUGCAUGCUUAGUGCCCCUCUUAUUCCUACCUCCACCACCCAAACGAACCAUGGCCACAUCCCCUUUUUGGCAGGUGGGGAGUGUAUAAACUCUUUGAAUCCCAGAUUCUUUCCUUUCGCAUGCAGAUAGUGCUUUUCUCUCCACCCUCCCCCUGUCUGGGGAAAGGGGAGGGCUGGGGCUUGAAUUCAGAGAUGGGAUGAAAGAGAAGCUGAGGAGAAAUUAAACUCUUUAAGAUUUUCACAAAUGGAUUAUAGUUGUUUGAUAUACAUAUUCGCAAUGGGGGAAGUUAAAGGGAAGCAGGUUCUUUUCUUGUAAGAGUGCAUUGCCGAUUGUUAAUAAUACAUUCCUAUCUUACCUAUAGGAAAUGACUAAAGAUUUUGCCCAUCCACUCCCAUUACAGGAAGGGAGUUCCCCUUCCAUUCCAACUGGGUUGGACAUUGUAUAUUGGUGGCUCCUUCCCAGAUUGGGAUGCUGAAACCUGAAGGGACUAAUAUUCAUUGGCUUCCCUUCAUCCCCACACCAUACUGAGCAUGCUCCUCUGUGUUUCUCUGGCUAGUAUUCUGUAAUGCUGCACUACAGCAGCCCUAUACAUAUAUAAAUAUAUAUUAUAUAUAAUAUAAGAGAGAGAGAGAGAGAGAGAGAAAACACAAAGAAAAAGUUUAAAUGGUUUUACUACAGUUUUUAUUGAGACAAAUAAUAUUUCAACUUUUCUUUUUAAUUUAUUUGAAACUGUUCAUUCUGGCAAUGAUUUUCAGACAAUGUAGGGGCGGUACUUUCAGCUCUGUUUUUACUGUGUAUGGUAUUUGAAUCUGAAACAUGAGUUUCAAAGCAAUAUCCUUGGCCUGUGGCUCCUCCUGUAGCUCACAUCAGUGAUGCAGACACCCCAAAAAGUGGGAUGAGAAAUCUGUGUGUGUAUGUAUGUGUGUGCGUGCGUGUGUACUUUUAUUUAAAAAGAAAAGUGAGGAAGUUUUUCAACACAAACUGAGCCAGGAAUUCUUCUUAAUGCUUCUUUACUUCCUACUUCUGUUGCAUCUGCAAUCAAAGCCAUAAAACCUUCCCCUUCCUUGGUUUGGGUGGGGGACAAUAGGGUUGGGGUUGCAAAGGCAGGCAGUUUCCUUGCUGUAUGAAAGGGGAGUUGGGAUUCAUACUCUAGGCUGGGUAAUGAGGGGGCAGCAGGCUGCAUUGAUAGAACUACGUUUAAUGAAUUUUUCUGAAUGGCUCCUGAGAAAGCAGUAUAUUAAACCUGGGGGUUGAAUUCCCAGGGGAUGGGCCCCUUUCCAGUAGCUCAGGAUAUCUCCCAGUUGAAUUAUGGUGACAAAUAUGUCAUUCCCUGCCCUUACAAAUAAGGGGAGGCAAAUGGCUGUUCAAAUGCUGCUUUUAUUCAAACAGUGUUAAACCCAGGAUCCAGCAGGCUUUGUGGAUGGAGGUCAGGGAGAAACCUGAGGCUUGAAACCUGUGGGAAAGGAUGGCUUUAGCCAGCUGAAUGAAUUGUGUUAUCACCAUGCCCAAGCAAAAUUCCUUUAGGAAUAGGACUGUUUCAGUUCUAUUGCAAAGUGGUAUCCACUGACUACAGCAAGAGUGGAUGUAAAGCAUGAAUUGGUGACCCAGCUCCAAUUCUCCAGCAGGAAUCUGAGUCUGAGUGCACGUGUCACCAUCCAUCAGGAAGUCCCCAUCAUAUAGGGAUUUCCCAGUGGAUGCAAAUCAACUAGUGAGAAAGUUGUCCAAAGCAAAGCUGAGCUAGUGAAAGAUCAAACUGAACAGCUUUUCAAGAAAGAAAGUUCUAGAAAUGAUAGUGUUCCAGCUGUAGUGGAGCUGAAUCUCCAAUUCUCUGAUCCAUCCCCUACUCUUACUUCCAACACUCAUCCCCUCAAACCUCUGAUGUGUUCCUAAAAUGAUUAGUUUGACCAUAAAUAUACUGGUCUUGUCUUUGAGAAAUCUUGGUGAUCGGCUGGGAUGCUAUCCACAAAGUAAAUCCAGCUCUAAAAGUCCCACCUGAGUACCUUUCUGGGAAGUUAUUCUCCUUUUUAGGAGAUAUUCGCUUGGCACCUUUUAAUGAUAAACAUGAAAAGACAGAUGAGGACAGGAUAAUCUGGCACUUGAAGCGGAUAAUUGAAAUCCCUCCAUAGUAAACAGUAUAACAACAAAUUACAUCACUUAGAAUUUGCCAGUCUUCAGUGGCAGAAAUCUCCCCCCCCCCCCGCCAUACCCUCAACCUUUUAAUUGGGCUGGUCCUGGAUGAGGGAAAAGAUGGGAUCAGUUUCCACUAGUUGAACCGAAGGGCUGAUUCAAACCUUAUAGCCCUUGUGUGGAGGUAUCUAAAAGUUGCUGUGUCACAGUGACUCUACACAGGGGUGGUAACAUUCGUAAGCUGCUACCUGUGCAGAUCGUCCUAAUCCUAUGGAGAGCCUCUGUACCAACUGCUUAUAUUCUUUGUGGAUGCUGGUGUGGAGACGGUCCACACAACUGGGCUGCUCCACAUGGUGAGCAGCUGACAAAUGUGUACAGCCCCCUCCGGAGUCUGCCGCACAAAGCAUUUUGCAGUUGCCUCUGCUUGGGAGCUGUGUUUAAAUUGGCCCUCAGUGGUACAAAAUGGAAUUCUAAAGCAGGAAAAUAAGCAAGCAGGUCAGGGAAGUGGUGGUCAUGAGUAAACACAGUGGAAGAUCCCAUCCAGAACACAGAGUGGGAGCGGCAACCUAUUUUUUCUCUGUUGGCCACACUAAACUUCUUCCCUUACAGGGAGCAUUAGAGAAGCUCAAAAGCCUUCACUGCUCAUAGAUACUGCAAUGCUGCUGCUCCUUUUGGGAUACAGACACAGAGCUGUCUCUCUCUCUCUUUCAAGCGCUGAAAGCACAUUUUUCUCUUUGUGUAACUGAUUUUGCAUUUUCUCCUUUGUAUCAUAUGCUGGUUUUUUGAGCCAAUACCUCAGGGUUGUUUGUGUAGCUUUUAAAAGAAAAAUUAUUUCAGAUUAUUUCAGUUCAUUCCCCCCCCCCCAUUUACUUCUUUGUUGAAUUGUAAUUUUUUUAAUUAAAAGAAGUCCUACACAAGACAAAAAAGCAAAUAUCUCAGGUUCAAAACUUGCAAACACACACAAACCACAGGGAGCAGCAAUAACAUGGGGUUUUUUUUGCAUCCAAUUGUCUGUUUCCUGACCAUAGUAAUUGCUGUUUGUACUCUACGAAGACACAAGGUAGAGAUCUCAUUCUACGUAUUUUAUUAGGAUAUGUUCCAAUUAGAUGCUGCAAGCUCAGAAGUGAUCCUGCUUGGACCUGUAUACUAAUUUGGAAGCGAUGGGGCAGAGGACCAGACUGUAGUUGGACACAUUUGGCCACCUGUAUUGGGACUCUAACCCGUUUUUUAAAGUUGCUAUCUUUUAGAUCCUUCUUAGGAUGCAAGUUUACUUACACCUUUCAUCUACCAAUGAAUGUACAGUGGUCCCUUGACUUACGAACUACUCGACAUAAGUAUUUUUCGAGUUACAAACGGCAGUUUUAGAUCCGGUUUUAGAGGCGGUUUUUUCGACUUACAAAUUUUUAGAUGGGGUUUCCUCGACUUAGAAUUUUACAUGCGGUUUCCUUGACUUGCCUGCCUGUUUACUGCCUGUUUAUUUUUGAAAAGAAAUGUUCCUGUGCAGUUUGCAAGCCUUACUGGGGGGUCUGGGUCUUUUUUCUAGGCUCCGGAACGCAUUAAUCCGUUCCCAAUGCAUUCCUAUGGGAAACCGCUUUUCGACUUACGAACUUUUCGACUUACAAAUGUGCAUUCGGAAUGGAUUAAUUUUGUAAGUAGAGGGACCACUGUAUCUGGAGUGACAUGCACACAUUGCUCAGAAUCCUCCUUCCAUUCAUAAGCAUGUAUCAAAAGAAUGGGCAGACUCCCCGACUUCAGCCACAUUGAUUGUAUGAAAGAAUUAUUCAAGUACGGUAAUUAAUCUCCGUUAGGUAUGUGACCCUAGAUUCCUCCAACAGAUAUUUUUGAGGAAAUAUUACAUUAGUCCCUUCUUAGAAGCACAAUGCACAAAUUUCCUUGAGCAAAUAUUGUUCCAGACUCAGUAUUGCCAACUAAUAAUUUUUCAGCAAAUAGUAUCACUAACCCUAUCCCUCCACAACCCAAAUUAUUAUUAUUAUUGUUAAGUUUGUAUCCUACUCUUCCUCCAAGGAGCGCAGGGUGGCAUAUGUGUGAAUUAAACCAUUUUGUCCUCACACUGACCUUGUGAGGUAAGGGUUUCUCCCUUGUCUCUGUUUAGGAUUUGGAUGGAGCAGAAAGCAGCAGCACCACUGUCCCGAUCCAAAGCCCACCAACCCAAACUUUAAAUUCCAGACUCCAUGGAGAGCAUUAGCAACUCUGAGAACCUUUUAACAGGUUUAAAUGUUGGUAUCUAUUUUGUGCCUCUCUUUCUCUGUGACCAAGAAGACAAGAGCAUCCUACUCUACAGAGAAUGGGAACAGAUGCUUCUAUAGGGCAGUGCAGUUCAUGAUCUAAGGCAGGGAUUCUCAACGUUGGGUCUCCAGAUGUUAUUGGACUUCAACCCAUAAUCCCCAGCCAAAGGCCACUGGGCCUGGGGAUUAUGGGAGUUGGAGUCCAAUUACAUCUGAAGACCCAACGUUGAGAAUCCCUGAUCUAAGCAAUGGAGAUCUAAGCAAUGGAUACCUAAAAGGUAAAGGAGACCUCUUGUACUGUGAACAACCUCUAUAAAGUUAUUAGGCAAAGCUGCCUUCAGCAGUCACUCACCAGGACCUAUUGAUUUCAGAAGUGAAGGAGCAGCAAAUGUUGCAAUCCCAAGCUUAGUAUUAAAAGUUCAUAUGAGAUUAAAAGUUGUUAUUGACAUGCCUUGUGAAUUUAUAAAAUGAGCUCAAAGAUCCUUGGAGCUGUAGUAUUUGGCAUGCCCUUGGGAAACCUUAACAGGGAUACCCUGGGAAAAUCUUGCCUUAUUUCAGUGGCAGCUGCUGCCUUGGCUGUGAUACUGAGCCCUGGUUCACCUUGAUUCUAAGCAUUUGCAUCUACUUAGAUACUAUUGUGAUGAAACUUCAACACCUGCCUGAUUUCUACUGUUCUGCUUUGGAGAUGCAAGCUGAGUCCAUAUCAUUGUGCUCAGCUUGCAUCUCUUUUACAGAGUAACAUAAUUUUUACCAUUACAUCCAUUGUGUUAGAUAGAUUUGCAGCUUGUGGCCCAUUCAUACGUUAUAUACAACAUGCAUAUGAGUGUACAGUGUACACAGGUACAGAUUUAUACACAGGUAUAGUAAAUCUCUCCUGUAUUCUACCAAAGACAACCACAGUGCUCUGUGGUCGGCAAGAGUCAACACCAACUCGACGGCACAACUUUACCUUUAGCUAACAGUCACUCAUACAUUACGCUGAGCUCAGAUACAGCAGUACAGCUCCUGUCUUUCCCAUGCAUUUGAAGAGGCUGAAUCCAGGCUCAUUUUAAAAUGUACACAAGUAAUUCACAGAAACACAUGUACAAGUGUAUAGACAUCUGUUCUUUCAUACAGCAUUAUGUCUGAAUUGGGCUUUGGACUCUGCUUAAAAGGCUGGAAAUACAGUACCAGAAAUCUGUUCCGCCUUGUUUGUGCAGAGAUAGACAGAUGGCAGUUAAUCUGGUGCAGACAUUAUUGUCCCAAGGACAGGCCCAUGAAAAUGGUUCAGUGUUGAUAUGCAAAGUGCUAUGAGGCACCCUAUAAGGCAAAAAUUGACAUGAGUCAACACUACAAAUUCAAUUGUUAUAAAUACAGACCACAAAUAGCAUCAGUGUGAAAAAGCAAAAUGAAUGGGUUUUGCCUUGAAGAGCUGCCACAUGCUGCCAUUUUGGGGAACUCGCUCCUGAAGAAUUCAAAGAAAAAAUGUAGAUUUUUUGGACUUUUUCGGCUAGUCCUUCCAGCAAGAGCAAAAAGCUUCCAUAGCAAAAAGCAGGCCGGUCUAGGCUAAAGCUCACUUUGCUAUCCUGUUUCCAAGAGCUAUGCAUAGAAGAGCUAUUUAAACCAGUGUAUGAAGUCUGAACUCUCUUUGUGGAGCUCAAAGUUGUGUGUUCCCUUUUAUUCUACCUGCUCUCUAUGCUUGAACAGCAACUCCUAUCUGGCCAUCUUGCAAUGAGGAAAGUAUCCAUUGGUUUCUAGCGUGAUGCCUAGGAUAUGUCUAGGCAUCAGAAAUAUCCCCACUAUGACUGUCAUACUGAACAAUAGACAUUUUUGUACUGUCUUCAGCAAGAUUUUAAUUAGACCCAAGUAUGGCACUCUCUAGGAAGAUUUUUUAAAAUUACUAACUGAUUAACUUCCCAAUUCUUGUUCACCAAGAGAUUUAUUCCAAAAGGUCUUCGCAUCCGCUUCUGGUCUCCUGUUAAUUCUUUAUCCUAUUGCCUACAGGUGAAUUGCUUCAGGCUUAAUAGCGGCAUGAGCGGGAACCAAAGUCUCCUGUAUGAACUUAGCCGUGGGAGUCUAGGGAUUGCAAAUAGGUCAUGUCAAUAGACAAUCCAAAUAAUGGAGAAAGAUUUGAUUUGUGUGUUGCUAUGAAACCAAUGUCUCCUGGGAUGUAAAUGAGGUAUUUGGGCUUUCUUUAAGGUAGGAACAACAAAAAAUCCCAAGACAUUACAAACUGGCCUUGAAUAGAAUGCUAAUGAUGAUGUUCCCAAUAGCUUAAACAAAAAUCUAGGUAAACAUGAGCUCCAGGCAGAUCUGAGUCUUUGUGGGAUGGUGCAAGAAAAGAGAGUUGGUAACACUGAUCUUGAAAGACAAAGGUCAACCUUACCAUGAAACAGUUUGCUUUGGGUGGCAAAUUCCAAAGAAAGGUUUCUAAAUAUCAUCUUAGAAAAAUGGGUAGAAGGCAUACCAUUUUUUCCUUCAGGUGCAAAAUGGGGGCUAGCACUGCUCAGGUCUGAGAAGGUGAAUUUCUGGCUUGUAGCACCUUUUCCUUGUGACAAAAAAUGUUUGGGUUAUUUAUUUGUGGUUUGUUUUUUCUUUAGCCUGUGCUGUGUUCCUUUCUCCCUCCACACCUGUUCUCCCAUAUUCACUCUGGUUUUAUUUAUUACUUCGUUCCCCGAUGUUUCUUCCUGUAGCCAUGUGCUCUUGUCCUGUCUCUUUUACUGGAUACCAACCCUUUAAAAGAAGAUAUCUUCUGCCUUCCUCCUGCUCCUAAUGCUAAUGAUAAUAAGCUAUCAGUGUUGUAAUUGCAAUGUAUGAAUUAUAGAUUUAAGUAUUUAUUAUUAUAUUAUUAUGUAAUUUUGCUUCUAUGUAUGUUGAUCUUUGUUUCUCUGUCGUGAGUAUAUGCCGGUUUUUCCUCAUCUACACCUGCCCCUUUGCCUUCCCUGACUCCAAUCCUAGGUCAUAGCUGGUCAGUACUGUGGCAUGCCUGGUCAUUAAAAGUCUUGAUCAAGAGGAGGCCUACUGUUGGGGAGGUGUGGGUCCUGCCAUACUUAAGAAGGUUGCUCAACCCCAUUAAGGUUUACUUUGUAGAGAACAAGAAAAGAGUUUCAACAUGAUUCAUCAUGUUUUAGGAGAUGGAGAAGCAACAGACUGUUGGGGAAGGCACUCCAGUCACACUGAUAUAUCAACAGUUGUGCAGAUUCCCCCCUAGUGAUAGAAGUCAAGAACUACAUCUGUGCCAAGAGCAGUCUAAUUAAGUAGUACUGUAUAUUUAGUCCCCAGAUCCUGCCACUGCCAUAAAAGCCCUCUUUUGUGGCUCACAAAAGCCAGUGCUUUAGUUUUCAGCCACCUGGGGAACUAGGUUGCUUGCUAGUGGGAUCACAAAGGUCCAAACAGGCCAUAAGAGACUGGGCAAGUUCUCACAAUCUGUUUGGCCCCAAAGGUUGGGAGGAGGAGGUGUGCAUGCUCUGGUGAAUCUUGGCUUGAGUGACUAUGUGCUGCAUACAAACGGGAGAAUCCUGGCUUGACAUGGUGCCUAGUUGACAUUUAACCGCUGUAGAUCAGAUCUAAAACUCACGAUCAUGGUAAAAUAUCAGCUCAGCACCGCACCAAGCCCAAAUCCACCCUGUUUUCACAUGGCACAUGAAUGAUCACUCCAGAUGAGAUUCACGGGAGUGCACAUGCCCCCUCCUCCUGACUUUUGAUGCCAAACAGAUUGUGAGAGCUUGCCCAGUGGUUGCCAAACAGUAAGGGCAUCUUCACACAGGAGACUUAAAGUGGUUGCUCCUUUGUAUUUGUACUGAAUGCCCUCUAGCAUUAAUAAUGAUCACAAAUUCACACGAAUAGUGAGAAAUGUUCAAAGGUGAUUUAGGGGCCAAGCUACACAUUAUGGCCAAGGUGCAUGAAUGCAUUUUUUGCAAAUAGCAGUCACAGGAGGGGAGGGUCUGUUUUUACUAAUGAAGCAAACAGCAGCUGGGGAGAGAAUUUUGUUAGGAAAACAGCAGAAGGGCAAAAGUUAAGCCCCCUCCCACUCCUUCUGACUUGCAGUCCCAAUCUAGAUGACACUCACACAUGGCUGCUAUUUGCAAAAAUUGAGAAGAGACAAGGAAGCAUUCACUUACUUCCAUCAUAAUGCAUAGUUUGGCCCUCAGCCUCAAGUCUUUCAGUACAAUUUGCUUUUAGAUAAAUGUGCUUUGGAGUGCAGCCCUACAAAAUGUUUUCUAUCCCAUUCCAAGUAAUGAAAAAUCUGCCCGGUUCCACCUCUGCUUAAUAGAAGCAUAUUUCUGCAUGGGAAGGAUCUUCCCAUUCCCAGCCCACCUCCCCGGUUUGUCAUAGAAUCUGGGGUGGUAGAAAGUGCCAGAUGUGAUCCUUGAUAUGAUAUAUGUUCUCAUCCAUUAUAUCUAACAUUGCAAUAUUGCCAACAACAUAUGUGUUUUUUCUUCCCAGCAUUAGAAACAAUUGUCAGCAUUAAUGAAUAACUUCAGUGAACAAAGCCUGAUUGAUUGGGUCCCUCCUGCAAUCUUGUGCUCAGUCAAUAUGCACAAAUCACUUUCCUGCCACAGUACUUUCCUGACCAGCCUGGGUAGGAAUCAGUUUAAGGUUAGGUCAUGAAGACCAGCCAUCAAAUAGACUGUGUUUUGCAGUUUUUCUAAACGCAUAUAUUACAUAUAUGUGUAAGGGGGGGAGGUGCAGGAUGAGGUCUUUCCAUUGCAGUAUGUUGCAUUUAUUUAUUGUUGCUUUUGGAAGGAACAGAGAAACUGAGUUACUCAUCUUCUAGGCAGGGCCAAGCAGGGGUCAGCCAACUUGGGCACUGGCUGUCAAAGGGCCAAUGGCCAACCCCUGAGGCCCUGUUUGAAAAAGAUAGUGGCUGCCAAUGCAGUCACCAAGAAGUGCUCCAAGAUACUGCCGCUACCGCCAAGGUACACCUCCCCAAAAUCUUUCUGGAGCUUGCUUUAGCGGUGUUGGUGGCAGCGGCUCAGAAUGCUCUUUGGCAGCUGUGCUGGCUCAUGCCAUCUUCCUUUACCUACAAUGCAAUGUCCUGUCCUUGCUGUGGUGUCCAGUGGACACAAAGUUUGAGGACAUUACAUUAUAGAUAAAAGUAGUGUGAUGGCCACCAGUAUCCCUGCCCUGCCGCAUAGGCACUUGACUGAGGGCCACCUUGAAUUUGGCGCAGGCACUGUUCUCAGGAGGCAUACCCAGAAUCCCUUUUGGUCUCUUGUCUGCAGAUCCACAUUUUUAUUCUAAUUCUCCUACCUUGCAAAUGUUCAUGGACAAAAAUGUAUUUGGGGUGAAUUGUUGAGCACCUGACUGAACUGAAGGUCUUAUUCUGUGAAAAUCCUCGUGAACAAGAGGGGAAUGAGGUGUUCCAAGACUGGGCAGCUCAUUUGCAAGGAGUACCCUGGGACAGGGAUGGAGGAUGGACAUUUGUGUGUUCCUGGGACAAAUUCUGAGUACUGUCCAGAGUUUGCUACAGGUCGGGUGGGAUGGGUGAGGGAAAGACCUCCUGCAUCCAGUGUGAGUUCCCUCUCUCAUGGGUCAUGAUAACCAAAAUGCAUCUCCUUCUGCCUGCUAAAGGAAUGCUGACGUUGGCUGUUGCCUGGCAGGACUGAGUGGUUCACUCAGCCCCUGCUUCUACUUUUAUUUAUUUAUUACUGGAGGCUGUAAACAGCAGUGCUUUUUUACCCUCUCUUUCUUUUCCUUUCUUUUGUAUUUGGGAACAAUGUGUUGUAAUAAAUUCCUAAUAGAUGUUUUAA